UUUCCUUAGUUUCGGGACGCACACUAGCUUGCUAACGAUGGCGGCCGUUGCAGCGCUUGUGGCGAGCUUUGCUCUAAUUUUACAACAAAUUUCUACAAAUUUAGCGAAUCCUUCUCAAGGAACGGCUAACGUGGCUUUCAUGAAGCAAGCUGAAGCUCAAAUAACUUGCGGGUUACGAGCGAGAGAGAAGUAUUUUGCAGUCUCGCAAAUGAGUCAGUCUCCUAGGAAUCGUGUAGAGUCGACUUGUGAUGCUUACGAUCCAGAACUUUCACACAACGCGUCGAAUUUAGUUGAUAACAACGAGUCAACUUGGUGGCAAAGUACAGCGAGUGUUGGUACAGCCAACAUCACUAUCCGUCUGACAGGGCCUGCAUUCAAGCAAUUUUAUGUGGACACAAUCCAAAUCAAAUUUGGAGAAUAUUACCGCCCACGCCAGAUGGCACUGAAAAAGUCCAUUAAUAAUGGGCAGAGCUUCGAUGACUGGCAUUACUUUGUAUCUUACCCUGACCCAGACAAGCAAUGUAAAGAGAAAUUUGAUGAGACUCUCCAGACGCAACCCAGCAAAGAAAAUGAUGUCCUCUGCACUGGUUAUCCAGAUGUGAACUCACAAUCAAUAGGUCAAGUGGUUGAGUGGAAACCACAUUUUCUGAGAGGGCAGCUUGAGAACCCCUCACAAAAACUCUUGGAAUGGAUUAAUGUCACUGACAUAAGACUUGAGUUUAUAACAAUGGAGAGAGUCUUUGAUGUUCUAGCUGCUAAAUGGCAUCAUUAUGCUGUAAGUGAAGUCAGGGUGUUUGGCUUCUGUGCGUGUAACGGACAAGGCACAGGUUGCAAGUUCAACAGCACAGUGGGAGAUUUUCAGUGCGUCUGUCAGCCUGGUUCCUGUGGUUAUUACUGCGAUGAGUGUUGUCCAGCAUAUAAUCAGUAUCCAUGGAAAAAAGGGGGUAAAGGACCCCUUAUAGUGGAUACCGCAGCUGCAUGUCAACCUUGUAACUGUCAUGAUCAUAGCUUUGUCUGUGUGUAUAAUGAGACUGUGGCAAGGAUGAACGCAAGUCUAGACAUGAGCAGACAGUAUUCAGGUGGCGGCGUGUGCCAAGACUGCAAACACAACACAGAAGGGAUCAACUGCGAAAGGUGCCGACCGCUGUACUACAGGCCUGAAAAUAGAAGUCAGAAUGCAGUCGAUGCCUGUGAAUCGUGCAACUGCAGCGAGGCUGGCUCAAGAGACCACGCCCUUCCAGGAGUGCUUCACCUGGACUGUCUGCGUGACGUAAACGUGUCAGAGACGAUGAAACCUGGAGAUUGCUUUUGCAAGAACAACACGAUGGGCCGAAGAUGCCAUCUCUGCAAACCAGGCUUCUUCAAUCUUACUUCUAAUAAUCCUUUAGGCUGUCAAGUGUGUGACUGUGACACGGCUGGCGCGCGCAACUCGUCCAACAUCUGCGAAGGAGACGCUCAUGGUCAAUGCCCGUGUAAACAGAACGUGCAAGGUCUGCGCUGCGAUACGUGUAACAACACGUACUACGGGCUAAGCAGACAAGACACGCACGGCUGCCGGCCCUGUCUUUGUGACUAUGGUGGCUCUUCAAGCCCCGUCUGUAACAAGACCGAUGGUCAGUGCAAGUGCUUGCCAAAUAUUGAUGGCAGGCAGUGCGACAGACCUUUAGAUGAAUACUACUUCCCUGAUCUUCAUUUCAUUGGUGCGGAUUUCUCACACCAGAAAAGCGAAGUGGGUCAAUCCUCUGUCUCCUGGGUAACCUCGUUCACAGUCGUCGAUAGAACAAACAAGACAUCGGGGAGUUUCUCCCUCGUCAUCUCCUACCAAUCAGCGACCCGACAGGAGGUGACCGGGUCCGUCACCUCCCCUGAGGGGACGACCACCCAGCAAGUCACCCUACCCCCCUGCAAUCAGACUUGCCAUCAAAACCUCUCCGUGUUCGGCGAAAUGAGCCUCACUGGUAAAGUGACCGUGAAUGUCACUGCUGCGAAUGAUGAUUUCCGCGGUGUUCGCGCCUCUGUGGUGCCAAGGGAGUUUUACGAAGCUAGCGCACUGGGUGAUAGACGUGACGCGUUUAUUGGUAACUGCAGUGUCACGACUAACAGUGUUAGAGUCGGGGAAGAUGCUGAGGAUUUGUGCAAAGCUGGAGUUUUCACUCUUACCACAGACUACCUUGGCCAAGCCUUGGCCUGCGAGUGCAACCGCGUAGGCUCAGUGAACCUGACAUGUCAGAAAUAUGCCGGCCAGUGCCACUGUAAGCCUGGUGUUACCGGACGCAAGUGUGACCAGUGUCAACAGGGAUUCUACAACUUGACUACGACAGGGUGUUCAGCCUGCAACUGUGCUGCUGAUGAUAAGGUCUGUGACCACGUGACAGGCCAGUGCAAGUGCCCUACUAACACAGAAGGGAGAAUGUGUGACAGGUGUAACGCAACUUACUGGGGAUGGAAUUCUACUACUGGCUGCCAGGCUUGUCGCUGUGAUUCAAUGGGUUCUAUGGAUCUCCAGUGUAAUCUCACAACAGGCAUCUGCAGCUGCAAGCCCGGAGUGACACGGACCAAGUGUACCGAAUGCGCUGAUGGCUACAAGAACUUUUCAAGUGCAGGUUGUGCUGCAUGUGACUGUGACGUCAAUGGGUCACGCAGUGGAGUAUGUAACAAGACGAGUGGCCAGUGUCCUUGCAAGAAUAACACAGUGAACUUAUUGUGCGAUCGUUGCGAUGCGGACUCGUUCUACUUGACUAAGUCUAAUCCUAUUGGAUGUUUGGACUGCAUAUGCAGUGGCAUAACUACCAACUGUAGAAGCACCACACAGUUUGUCUACCAGCGCUCUGUGGGCCUUGAUUUGUGGACACUCGGGGAAGAAGACAGUGUUGCAGGCCUACAAGUUUUGCAAUAUCGCAUGCCUGGUAGCGGGAUGGAAAUGCUAAGAGGUAAUGUUUCCACCUCCCAGACGCUGUACUGGAAAGCUCAUUCCAACUUCACUCAAACCUCACUGGUCGGAGCAUACGGAGGAAACCUGUCAUUCACGCUCCACAUGUCCAACCAAUCAGGGAACACUAUAGGGCCCAAUGUCAAGAUCAUCAUGAAGGGAUUGCACAAUGUUACUAUUGAGGCAGCAGUAGCAUCCAUUCCUGUCGCCGUACCUACCACAAGAAGUGUGUUUAUGAGAGAGAUAUCCUGGUUGUACCGAGGGUCAUCGGAGCCUGUAUCACGUGCACACUUCAUGCUAGUACUGGCUACACCACGUGCUAUCCUCGUGACCGCGUCGCUCUAUACCAGCGGUGGUCAGGACUACUUCAGCAGUUUUGGCGGCGCCAAAGUUUCUGCCACUCGUCCCAGUCCACCUGUCGGUGACAGAGCACUUGAAGUAGAACAGUGCACCUGUGGGCCAGAGUACAGCGGCCUCUCGUGCGAGCGCUGUGCCCCAGGCCACCACCGGGUGAAUGUUUCUGGUGACCCAUUCUAUGGCAAAUGUAUUCCAUGCAACUGCAACAAUCACACAAAUGAUUGUUACGCAGACACUGGACUCUGCUACAACUGUAAGCAUAACACGGCUGGGGAGCACUGCGAGCUGUGUGAUGACGGUUUCUAUGGAAACGCGGCAGACGGAACCCCUGGCGACUGUAAACAAUGCCCAUGUGAUGCGCCACGAACCACCACAUCAAUGUGUAUGGAAGAUGCUGGAAGACCCGUCUGUCACAAUUGCUCUGAGGGAUACGAGGGAGAUAUCUGCGGAAGGUGUGAGUCUCGAUAUUUCGGCAAGCCUUUAGACCCCGGUGGCAACUGCUCGCUGUGUCAGUGCAACAAUAACACAGAGAUAUGUAACACGACAACCGGGCAGUGCACUAACUGUCAGUACAACACGACGGGCUUCCACUGCGAAAGGUGCCAGAAUGAAACCUAUGGGGACGCCAAAAAACAGCAGUGUGUCGAUUGUUUGUGCGACAGUACUGGUUCAUAUAACAAUGUGUGUGACUACAAGACUGGGCAGUGCGAGUGUAAACCCAACGUUGGAUUGAGGAACUGCUCCAAGUGUGAGGAAUUCAGCUAUAACUUCACCUCUGCCGGCUGCACUGAAUGCAAGUGCAACAAAUUUGGCUCCAUUCAUCAACAGUGUAACGAAUCCGGCACGUGUAAAUGCAAGAACAACACAACCGGUGAAAAGUGCGAGUGGUGUGAAUGGGGCUUUUUUGGCCUGCCCAAGAAGGAGUGCCAACCAUGCGCGUGUAACAAGACUGGAUCGUACAACAGCUCUACCUGCGAUCGCGAGACAGGCCAGUGCAAAUGCAAACCUGGCGUGGCCGGUCAAAACUGUGACCGCUGCAGUGUGCAACACGUCAACUUCACUGACACAGGCUGUAUUGCUUGCGAUAUUUGUACGAGGCUUGGACUCCAGGGGAUCAUCAAUAGCACCCAGGACACUCUCCAGGGGGCAGACAACAAGGGGCGAGAGGUUGAGAAGCUCAAGCUGUUGAAACCAGAGCUUGAAAAACUCAACACUAAGAUUGAAAACACUCAGGCCCUGAUUGAAAAGUUCGAUAAACGGAUUCAGACGAUUCGCAGUGGCCUCGAGUUGAUGAAGUCUAACACUCUGAACAACAGUGUCCGUGAUCUCGAGCGACAGAUCUCAUCGCUAACAACAGAAGCAAAAAGUCUGCAGACCAACACGUCACAAGAAAUGAACCGGAUCCUGCCCAUCUAUAACAACACUCUCCGAGAGCAAAACCUCAUUGACACUGUGUCUUCACAAGUAACUCGCAUCUCGACCCAGCUCGCCGACCUAAAGACCUCCGCGAACACCAUGCUAGCAAGCUACAGCUUUGUAACCCGUAACUUUGCCCCUGAACUUACACGUGUGGACCAAGAACUGUCCAGUGCGAACGAGGCGUCAACGCGUGCUCAGCAGGGCAAUAAUGACACGCUAUCACAACAGAAAACAAUGAAGGCACUGAACACGAGUAUCACAAGAAAUCAGAACGAAUUCCAUGGAAGACAGACGGAGAUCCAGGAUAACGCUAAACACGCUGAUGACGUCACAAAGAUUACAGAGAGCGUCAGACUUGUUGUCAACGAUGCACAGAGUUUGAUAGACCAGGGAAAGAGUAUAAUUGCGCAUGCGCAGCGCGUCCUGGACAACACCACCAGCAUACUUAGCAACACGUGGACGCAAAUAAGCCAAGGUCAACAGUCAUACAAGGAAACUACCGAAAUCCUUAAAGGCUCAAUUGGGCUACAGCAAUUAUCAACGAACUUAACGAGCAGCUUCGCCCCGACCCAAGUACUUCUAGGCCGAGCGAAUCGCACUGUGGCUGUUAAUGGUACAAAGCACGCGGCAGACCUCACGGGAGAGGCGCGUCUACGAACAACGGAAUUUGAAUCUGUCAGUGACCACGGCCGUCUGGCGGUCCAGGCCAUUAAACAAUACGAGAAUGUUGUCGAGACUGUCAGCAAGUCGGUGAACACGUCAAUCAAAGUCAACGCUUCUCUCCACGUCAUCAUGAACUCGCUGAAAAACUUCACUCUGACAUUUUCUGCGAUGGAAUCUCAAGCACAGAGAACAUACAACCUCAGCAAAGCUCUUUUGGAUAAAACCAAAGCUAGAAACAUUGACAUUGCAGGCCUGCAGACAAACCUAACGUCCUCCAAUCAGACCUAUGUCGUCGCAACUCGCGUGGGACAGAGCGUGGCAACGUACCACGAGGUUCUCCUUGCGCGGAGCUCGCUUUUGUUGGAAGCCUCGGAACCUGGGCGGGAGCACUCCGUAGUUACCGCGAGCAAGAGUGUGUGGACAUACAAGGGAUUCGUAGAGAAGAUCUCUUCCCCGCUCAUGACGGAUGCAAAGGCAUGCCAGGCGGAAGUGAGCAGGCUUGAUGCGUCAAUGGCUUACAUCAAUCACUCCGCCCAGCACUCGCAGCAGCUGAUGCAAAAGGCGUUUGCGAAUGUGCAAAACGCGAGCGCUAUGUUGCCAAAUGUGGUGUCUGCUGUACGAAGUGCUGAAGGUCAGCGGAAUAUCACCUCAAGUUUACAGCAACAGCUGCAAGGGAAUAUGACACGUGUUCAAGAGAAACUCAGACUUGUCAAAGAGAAAGUGGCCAAGAUCAGGCACGCGCUGAGCCUCAAGGGUAAUACUUCAGUAGAGUACACACCGGUCGGCGGACAAGUACAAGACUCGCCUUUUAAUGACAUCGCAUUGGACUUCAGAGCUGACAGCAGUAUGGGACCACUAUUAUAUUACGCGGACGGGGUUGCGAACUCGGCGAAAAGCCUGGCGUUGACCUUGGUAUACAAUCAGUACGUACAGUUCACUUUCGACCUCGGCCCGGGCCCAAUCACCAUCACCAACUGGGAAGUCACGGUCCGACAGGGGAACUGGUACCGAGUCUAUGCCUCCAGAUACAACAAAAAUGGACGCUUGUCGGUGACUGAUUACUCUAUGAACUACAGCAGAACGUACGAGAGCAACACGAACCAGAUCGUGCCUAAUACCAAUAUCAACUUUACUUCCGCAAGUCCGCUUUACAUAGGAGGACUGCCUGAGGGCGUCAUGCCCAACCAAACUCAGCGCUUCUUCCGCGGCUGUAUCGAUAACGUCGUAGUCAAUCAAAAACCUCUGUCGCUAUGGAAACCCAAGCAAGUCAAUGGCAACAGAUAUGCCUGCUCAAAAUGUAUUACUUCCGCCUCUACUCCUCUGUUCUAUGACGUCACUUCCGGCACAAGCCUGUUUGGUAGUCCGGAUACUUACAUCAAGCAAAACAUGGGAACGUUCGACAUAUCACGUGACUCGGAGAUUAAUUUGGAGUUCAGAACAUUUCUGCCUAUCUCGUCCAUGUUCAACGUGCUUGGUACUGAGGGCUAUAUCUACGGAGUAUAUUUAAACAUGAGUGGAGUGACAUUCUACUUUAAGAGUGGAGCCCAGUCCUACGCACUCUCCACAAACAAGACCUCUUACAGCGAUGGCCGCUGGUACAAUUUGAGAUUGACACGUGGACUCGCUAACGCAACCCUGACCGUAACACCUGUGAACUCACAAGGAGUGAUUGACAGCGUGUCAAUUAAUCUACCGUCCCCUCUAUUGAUGCCUACUGGCAGGUAUCUGAUAUUUGGAGGCAAAGAACCACAGAGCCCAUUCCUAGCACCGCUUAACGUACAUUUCGCGGGCUCCAUUCGGCACCUUAACGUCUCUAGCAGUGCGGGGGGUGUAGUGCCCAGGUCUCUGGAUGAUAAGGCGCUCACGCAGGCCUGGGGCCAAGUUGAUUUCUGUGGCGUCUUGUCGAGUGUCGAGGAAGCCAUCCGUUUCCGUGGUGACGGGUAUGCCGGUUUGUCAUCCGGGAUUACAGACAUGAACUCCUUGAGCCUGAAAUUCAAGACUCUUCAGCCCAGCGGUCUCCUUGUUUAUAGUGGCGACGUCAGCACGGGCUACUACUUCUUCCUGGCCUUAUUCCACGGUAACCUCUUCCUGGCCAGCACCAAGACACCAUCAGCAUACACGCCGCUGACCACGGCACAACAGACCCUCAAUGACGGCGCAUAUCACACUGUCGUCAUCACCUUCACUGCUGCAGGCCUUCGCCUCGAUCUGGACGAAGGAAGAUGGACGCGGUCUGUUGACCUCAGCACAGUGGCAGCAGGGCCAGCCAGGCUGAACGGGACCCUGUAUGUCGGUGGAGUCAGACCAGGAGCCGUCCUGCCGCUACAGGUGCCUGUGGUGCUGCCUUUUGUGGGAGACAUGAAGUACAUCAACAUCAACGGCAUUUCGCAGAAUAUAUUUUCCGGUCACUCAAAACAGGUCUCCCUCGCAGGCGGUAGCCCGGAGCGAUCCGUCGUGCCCACGCCUCUCCCGACCAUACCACCCCCCACUCAGCCCCCUCCUACCUGUGGAGAUAGGUACCCACGCCUCACGCGGUCAAAGGAGCCCGAUGAGAUCAAUUUAGGUCCUGGGAACUAUGUUGCUUUCUCUCCGUCAGAGCGAGUGCUCCGCUUAAUCAAAUCACAGGGGGUAGUGACCCUGGAAUUCCGUUCUAUGUCGCCUAACGGAGUAAUGCUGUACGGCGCCGAUAACGUCAGCCACCCCAACGAGUUCAUCUCUGUGGAGCUUGUUAAUGGUAAAAUCGUAUUCAAGUACGAUACAGGAGCGGGCCUGGUACGAGUGGAAAGCAACUUCAACUAUUACUCCGCAGGGGGUGUGUGGUACAAGGUGCAUCUACUACGAAUUAAUCAGUUUGGUGUGAUCCUUGUUCCUGAUACAAAAGACUACAAGAAUGCUCGGCAGGGCGACUCCAGGGAGCUCCUCACCAUAAACACACCCAUCUACAUGGGCGGAGUUCCGCCAGGGGUCAACACUUCCAUGUUAGAGAGCGGAGGUGUAUCUUUUAUCGGGUGCAUGAAGACGAUGUCCAUCCAGUCCUCAAACGAGACCGAGACCCUCAACCCAAGAACUGAACGAGACAUUAGCCUGUCGUCAGUCACGAAUCAGACAUGCUAUUCCACGAUACAAGCCCAGGCUUCCUUCAAUGGUGAAGGACAGAUUCUACUCUAUAAUGACUUCACACUUCCUAGUACAUUUGACAUGUCGCUGAAGUUCCGCACAGUCAAGCGUUCUGGGCUGCUAUUGGUCAUCACAAACCACACAGGGAAGGGAGCUGUCACUCUAGAACAACUAGAGGGCCAGAUCGUGCUGUCCUUCACGUCAGAAAGCGAACCUACGGUGAUGAGAUGGACAGACCCGGCGAUCCCACCAGAAAGAGAGUACAACGCUUCUUAUCAAUUAUGCGACAAUCAAUUCCAUGAGAUUCGGUUACAGCGCGCUGAGCGUAACAUCACCCUCUCAGUGGAUAAGCAUUCACCUCUCACGUACGCGCUACCCGACUUAUUCCUACUCACUGGCAAGUUCUACAUAGGCGGAGUACCAGAUAAUUCAGGUGCCGAUUCUCAUAUCGGCUUCUCCAAAGUCCGUCUGGAUGGGUGCGUUGAGAGCCUGCGCAUCGACACAAAGCUCGUGGAAUUGCUACGUGCGCCUGCUGUGCUAGGACAAGGGGUCACGCAAGGCUGCCGUGCGCCGGUAUAGGCAGCACGUGAUCACUGCCUUCAACAUCACGCGAUAGACCACGUGUGCUAGGAUAAGGGGUCACGCGGGGCUGCCGUGCGCCGGUAUAGGGAGCACGUGAUCACUGCCUUCAACAUCACGCGAUAUAUCACGUGAUAAAGCCACAUGGUCAGAUCCGCAGGUGAAAUAGCAUUGUUUAAAAACACGAUUAUUUUAUACUAGAGCAUAUAGACUUUGCAAGCAUUGUAUAAUAAAUGUUUCAAUUAUGAUA